CCCUGACCAUCUUCAAUCAAAUGCGCCAACAGCAGCGACAAUGACGGCACAAAAGACAGUAGACUCACGGAUUCCUACAUUAAUCCGCAAUGGCCUCCAGGAAAAGAAGCGCAGCUUCUUCGUCGUGGUUGGCGAUCGCUCCAAGGAGGCCAUUGUCCACUUGUACUAUAUCAUGUCCAGCAUGGAUGUGAGGCAAAACAAGUCAGUACUUUGGGCGUACAAGAACAAACUCCUUGGCUUCACCAGCCAUCGGAAAAAGCGGGAAAACAAGAUCAAGAAAGAGAUCAAGCGGGGGAUACGAGAGGCCAACUCAGAAGACCCGUUUGAGCUCUUCAUUUCGCUUCACGAUAUCCGCUAUGUCUACUACAAAGAAACCGACAAGAUCCUGGGUAACACAUAUGGCAUGUGCAUUUUACAAGAUUUCGAAGCCAUAACGCCCAACAUCCUGGCUCGGACUAUCGAGACUGUCGAGGGUGGCGGCCUAGUGGUGCUCCUGCUGAAGGGAAUGAACAGUUUGAAGCAGUUAUACACCCUAUCCAUGGACGUACACUCCCGCUACAGAACCGAGGCCCAUGACGAUGUUGUUGCAAGGUUCAAUGAGCGCUUCAUCUUGUCCCUUGGCAGCUGCGAAUCUUGUCUCGUGAUUGACGACGAACUCAAUGUACUCCCGAUUUCCGGCGGCAAGGGUGUUAAGCCGCUACCGCCACCAGAUGAAGACGAGCCCGUGAGCGCGGCAACGCAAGAGCUGGAAAAGAUCAAGGAUUCGCUGCAGGAUACACAGCCGAUAGGAUCUUUGGUUAAGCUGGCACGAACAACAGAUCAAGCAAAGGCAUUGCUUACCUUUGUAGAUGCCAUUGCUGAAAAGACGCUGCGUAACACCGUCACCUUGACUGCGGCCCGUGGUCGCGGUAAAUCAGCAGCCAUGGGCGUUGCGAUAGCGGCGGCCGUUGCUUACGGGUACAGCAACAUUUUCAUUACUUCGCCAUCGCCCGAGAACUUGAAGACACUGUUUGAAUUUGUCUUCAAAGGCUUCGACGCCCUCGAUUACAAGGACCAUGCCGACUACACCAUCAUUCAAUCCACAAAUCCAGACUUCAACAAGGCGAUUGUCCGCGUGAACAUCCACAGAAAUCACCGACAGACUAUUCAGUACUUCCGGCCGCAAGAUAGCCAUGUCUUGGGCCAGGCCGAGCUUGUCGUCAUCGACGAGGCGGCGGCUAUUCCCUUGCCCCUUGUGAAGAAGCUCAUGGGUCCUUAUCUGGUUUUCAUGGCGUCUACAAUCAGCGGAUAUGAAGGCACAGGCCGGUCGCUGUCGCUCAAAUUGAUCAAACAGCUGAGAGAGCAGUCCAGGACGGGGACCAAUCCCAACGGCGGCGGCUCGAUCGAAGUUGACCGGUCGAGCGGGAAGGCAACCAAGGAGACCAAUGCCGUGGGCGGGCGUUCUCUCAAAGAAAUCACACUCUCUGAGCCUAUCCGUUACGCUCAAGGGGAUAAGGUAGAAAGGUGGCUCAAUACGCUGCUUUGUUUGGACGCGACGUUACCACGCUCCAAAUUGAAUAUCCAAGGCUGCCCGGACCCCUCGCAGUGCGAGCUGCUCCAUGUCAACCGCGACACGCUGUUCUCCUUCCACCCGGUCUCCGAAAAGUUCCUGCAACACAUGGUAGCCUUGUAUGUUGCUAGCCACUACAAAAACUCACCAAAUGACCUGCAACUCAUGAGUGACGCACCGGCGCACGAACUCUUCGUUCUUACGGCCCCUAUCGUCGAAGGGCGUCUGCCUGAGCCUCUUUGUGUCAUCCAAGUUUCACUGGAAGGCAAGAUUAGCAGGCAAAGCAUCCUCAACAGCUUGAGCAGAGGUCAACAGCCAGCCGGUGACUUGAUCCCCUGGCUUGUUAGCCAGCAAUUCCAGGAUGACGAGUUCGCAUCGCUUUCGGGGGCGCGAAUAGUACGGAUAGCCACAAACCCAGACUACAUGUCAAUGGGCUAUGGCUCCAAAGCACUUCAGCUCCUUGUCGAUUACUACGAGGGGAAGUUCGCGGACCUGUCUGAAGACACUGGCAACUCUGUCCAGCGGAGUAUUCCCAGGGUAACAGAUGCCGAGCUUGCAAAUGCCAGCCUUUUCGAUGAUAUCAAGGUCCGAGACAUGAACGAGUUGCCGCCGCUUUUUGCCAAGCUGGCUGAGCGGCGCCCAGAGAGGCUCGAUUACGUGGGUGUCAGCUACGGCCUGACUGGACCUCUUCACAAGUUCUGGAAGCGUGCCUCGUUUGCUCCAGUCUAUCUGAGGCAAACGGCGAAUGACCUUACGGGAGAGCAUACCUGUGUGAUGAUAAGACCGCUUCAAGACGGAAACGAUCCAAGCUGGCUUGGUGCAUUCGCCAAUGACUUUCAUCGUCGGUUCCUGUCGCUUCUUUCGUACAAGUUCCGCGAUUUUCCCUCCGUCUUGGCAUUAACAAUCGAAGAAUCAUCGAAUGCGGGCGCCAAACUAGAUCCGUCCAGUGAGCCAGCUGAGCUCAACAAGACGGAUCUCGACGCGCUCUUAACGCCUUUCGACCACAAGCGGCUCGAAUCGUAUGCCAACGGCAUGCUCGAUUACCACGUCGUCUUGGAUCUGAUGCCGACCAUCGCGCAGCUCUACUUUACCGGCCGUUUGAGGUCGAGCAUCAAGCUCAGUGGCAUGCAACAGGCCAUCCUGCUCGCCGUUGGCUUACAACGGAAGGAGGUGGAUAUAAUUGCCAACGAGCUUAAUCAACCAACGUCCCAGGUGCUGGCCAUCUUUAUCAAAAUCAUGCGCAAGAUAACGUCGCACUUUAGCUCGCUUGUCACUGGUGCCAUUGCAUCUGAGAUGCCUGAUCCUAACAAGGUCGGCGUCAGCCGUGAGAAUGCCUCCGGAGUGCACGACGACGAGGUGGUGGAUAACAAGUAUGUGCCGCUAGAGACUCGGCUGGAGGAUGAACUGGAGGAGGGUGGUGAUGAGGCAUUGAGCGAGCUACGUGCGAAGCAACGGGAGCUCAUCGACUCCCUCCCGCUGGAUCAGUAUGAGAUCGAAGGUGACGAUGCGGCAUGGGAGGAUGCAGAGAAAAGGGUCCUGCAGGCAGCCAAGAGCGGCAAGGCUAAUCCGCUCGUGAGCGUGAAAACAAAGGUGAAGCGCAAGGCCGAGACAGAAGCGGAUGGGCAUGAUGAAGGGAGGGGGGACAAGGGUCAUUCAAAAUCGAAGAAAGCGAAGAGGGACAAGAAGAGGUGAAGACAGAUCUUCUAAUUCCACAAGGGAGAUUCUCUUGGUAACACAAUACCCAAGCUCUCACACGGCAUUUCUGUUGUCCUCACCUGGCUGCUUACAUGUGAUUGGAGACCUUGGAAGUUAGGUCAGUCUGACGCCAGAGCGGUUGAUAAUGGGUCUUUAUGACGGCUGGCUCAAGCAGAUCUUGUCAUGAUUGAGUUGCGGGAUCUCGUGCAGGAACUCGCUGUCAUGACAGGGGCUCGAGUCGAGGGGGAAGUCAGGAGGAGGUCGGACUUGCAGGAAGUGGGGCUGCUGUUAAUUGGCUUAGUUAUACGAAUAGCAGUGCGCUAGUAGGAGCAGCUGAAAUGGAAU